UUUUCUUUUGUUUCCUCCACCAGUCACGGCGCAUGAUUGGCAGGCGAGUGCCCGCUCGGAGCCGGGCUUGGGAUCGGGAUCGCUGCCGGGAGGGGGAUGGCACACGGGGCCGCCUCCCCUCAUCCCCAUCCCAAAUCCCUGCCUCUUCCUCCUGCUCUUCCCGAAGGCUCCUCUCUGCCCCUGCCCCUCUUCCCUUGGCUCCUUGAGCCUCUUGGCAAGUCGAGGAGGCGGCGCCGGGGAGCCCGGACCUGAUGGACAGGAUGACGGAGGAUGCUCUGCGCCUCAACCUGCUCAAGCGGAGCCUGGACCAGGCCGAGGAGCGCGACGACGUCCUGGCCAAGAGGCUGAAGAUGGAAGGGCACGAGGCCAUGGAGCGCCUCAAGAUGCUGGCCCUGCUCAAGAGGAAAGACCUGGCCGGGCUCGACGUCCCCCACGAGCUGGCCGUGAAGCCGGACGCCGGGAAGGGCUACGAGGAAAAGCUCAACGGGAGCCUCCGGCCCCACGGCGACGGCAGGACCGGGGGGAGGCCGGGCAAGGAGAACAUCAAUGAGGAGCCCGUGGAUAUGAGCGCCAGGAGGAGCGAGCAGGACAGGGGCCGAUUGACCCCAUCCCCGGACAUCAUCGUCCUCUCCGACAACGAAGCCUCCAGCCCCCGUUCCAGCUCCCGCAUGGAAGAGCGCCUCAAGGCAGCCAACCUGGAGAUGUUCAAGGGGAAGAGCAUAGAGGAGAGGCAGCAGCUCAUCAAGCAGCUCCGGGAUGAGCUGCGGCUCGAGGAGGCCAGGCUGGUGCUGCUGAAGAAGCUGAGGCAAAGCCAGCUGCAGAAGGAGAACGUGGUGCAGAAGACUCCCGUGGUGCAGAACGCGGCCUCCAUCGUCCAGCCUUCUCCUGCUCACGUGGGACAGCAGGGACUGUCCAAGCUGCCCUCCAGGCCUGGAGCUCAGGGGGUUGAGCCUCAGAACCUAAGGACAUUACAGGGUCACAGCGUCAUCCGCUCGGCCAGCACCACCACCCUGCCCCACAUGCUCAUGUCCCAGCGCGUGAUCGCUCCCAGCCCUGCCCAGCUCCAGGGCCAGAGGGGGCCUCCCAAACCCGGCCUCAUCCGGACCACGACGCCCAGCAUGAAUCCAGCCAUCAACUACCAGCCACAAUCCAGCUCGUCCGUGCCGUGCCAGCGGAGCUCCUCCUCGGCCAUCUACAUGAACCUCGCCUCCCACCUCCCGCCCGGCUCCGUGGCCAGGGUCUCCUCUCCCCUUCCCAGCCCCAGCGCUUUGUCCGACGCCGCCAAUUCCCAAGCCGCUGCCAAGCUGGCCCUCCGGAAGCAGCUGGAAAAGACCCUGCUGGAGAUCCCCCCCCCAAAACCCCCCGCUCCCCUCCUGCAUUUCCUCCCCAGCGCGGCCAACAGCGAGUUCAUCUACAUGGUGGGGCUGGAGGAGGUGGUGCAGAGCGUCAUCGACAGCCAAGGGAAAAGCUGCUCCUCCGUGCUGCGCGUGGAGCCCUUCGUGUGCGCCCAGUGCCGCACGGACUUCACCCCGCACUGGAAGCAGGAGAAGAACGGGAAGAUCCUGUGCGAGCAGUGCAUGACGUCCAACCAGAAGAAGGCCCUCAAGGCCGAGCACACCAACAGGCUCAAGAACGCCUUCGUCAAGGCCCUGCAGCAGGAGCAGGAGAUCGAGCAGCGGCUGCAGCAGCAGGCAGCCCUGUCCCCCACCGCGGCGCCCGCCGGCUCCGGCGUCAGCAAACAGGAGAACAUCCUGAGGCAUCACACGCUCCGGCAG